AUGUCCAAAAGACAAGCGAGAGACCAGCUCACGAAAGAACCUUGGGAAAGACAAACCGGGUCCGAUAGCGAAGAGGACACUUCUUCCAAGGGACCAGUUACUGCGUCUCAAGCCGUUUUAGCGAAGAGAAAGAUAAUCAAGCCCAGAUCCCGAGCGGGAGGUGCAGGCUCGUUAGGAGGAAAUGCAUUUGGAGGAAUUGCUGCAAAUGGAUCAGCCCCUGUUAGCAACGGGUUCAAUUUUGGAGCAACUACGAAGCCAUCCAUACCAAACGCCAAUGCAUUCGGAGGGUUUGGAACUAUAAAGAGCAGUCCUGCUGCAACUGCAAGUGCAACAAAAGCUCCGGUUUCUACUCCCUCCACUACAUCCUCUGCGUCGAGUGAUAUUAACGAGAAAAUCAAAGCUUUGAACGAAAACUUCGUUCAUUCAAUUGUAAAGGCUAACACUCCCAAUACAAUAGUCGACUUCACUUCAAUUGCUGAAAAGUAUAUACAAUACUACAAGAAUAUCCAAGAAAACAAGCUCAACGGGGCUGGCAAGCCUAGUCCUGCACCUGCAGCAACCACUUCCCAGGCAGCAGCUCCAGCAGCUACUUUAGCUCCUGUCGAAGCAGCUGCUCCUGCGAAGACAGAUUCCAUUGAUGUUGAUUCCGACUCUGAUUCCGAUUCUGAUGAAGAUAUAAAGAUUGAAGGUCCAAAAUUCACCUUGACCAGUAAGCCAACCGUCAAAAGCUCACCAUUUUCGUUUGGCCCUAAGGUUGAGAAGAAGAAAGCUGACUCGGACUCAGAUUCAGAAUCUGAAAUCGAGAUCAAGGGACCAACUUUCCAAUUCAACAAAACAAUUAAAGACAGUGUCUUUAAAGUCAAGGGUACGGAAGCCAGCAAAGUAGCAGAAGAGCCUCCUAAACCAGCAUUCUCAUUUGGAGCUGUAGAGAAAAAAACUGAAGAAAAGCCAACUGGUUUCUCGUUUGGAGCCCCUCCUGCUCCAUCUGAAAGCAAACCAACUUUCGGAACCAAUGCAUCUGCAACCACGUCGUCUUUCAGCUUUGGAAGUACUACUUCAGCAUCAUCAGCCCCAGCAACUGCACCUAGUUUCAAUUUCGGGUCAAAGGCCAAUGAACCACCAAAGGACGAAGCGCCCAAACCAUUUUCAUUUGCAUCUAAUACAUCCACUAGUGCUAAGCCAUCGUUUAACUUUGGCGCUAGUGCUCCUGUAACCAAACCAGUAGAAGAAUCAAAACCUUCAUUCAGUUUCGGAUCGAAGCCUGUUGAUGCCGCUGUUGAAAAACCUGCUUUCAGUUUUGGCUCCUCUACUUCAGAGAACAAACCUACUGAAUCUAAACCGGCUUUCAGUUUUGGCUCUUCCACUUCUGAGAGCAAGCCCACCGAAGCCAAGCCAGCUUUCACCUUUGGUGCCACUCCUGAAGUGAAGCCCGCUGAAUCUAAGCCAGCCGUAUCUUUCGGUACUGUCUCUGAAGCCAAAUCAACUGACUCCAAGCCGGCAUUCACUUUUGGAGCUGUUCCUGCAUCUUCAACCGGAUCCAAGCCUGCUUUCGCUUUUGGAUCUCAACCUUCGGCAACUCCACCUUCGUCAGAGCCUAAGCCUGCAUUUUCUUUCGGUUCGUCUUCUUCUAAUGCAUUUGGUGCUGCCCAAGCUAAACCAGCUGGUGCUUUCAACUUUAGUUUCAAUGCUACGCCGGCCGCUAGUACCAAUGAUUCCACCGCUGCUGAGGAUGAAGCUGCAGAUGAAGAGGAACCGAAGGUCAACUUCAAGCCAGUUGCACAAUUAGCAUCUGAAAAAAUUGGAAAUGCUCAAACUGGUGAAGAAGAUGAAGAAGUUCUUUACACCAAACGUACCAAGUUGAUGCUUUUCGAUCCUUCAAACAAAGAACAGCCCUAUGUAAACAAAGGACUUGGGGAUGUCAAGGUUUUAAAAAAUAAAGAUUCUCAAAAAGCGAGAAUAUUAAUCCGUGCUGAUGGUGGUUUAAGAGUCUUAUUGAACACUUUAGUCAACAAGGAUGUUCAAUACGAUACCAUUGGCAAUGGCUCCAUGGUUCGUGUUCCUACUGUUAAAGAAGACAAAAGUAUUGAAACUUUUAUUUUAAAAGUGAAAACACCAGCAGAUGGUGCCGAAUUAUUGAAGUCACUUAAUGAUUCUAAAUAG